AGCCACCCUCCCCACCCCCGCCUCGAGCGAGCGGCCGCGCGCACGCCCCGCCCCCUCCCACGCCGCGCGAGCCCGGGUGAGCACCGGCGGGAAGCAGCGCGUCCCCGGCGACCAGACAGUGCGUGUCAGCCAAUUCAAGAUGAAUAGUGACCAGGUCACACUGGUGGGUCAAGUGUUCGAGUCCUAUGUUUCAGAGUACCAUAAGAAUGAUAUUCUUCUGAUCCUGAGGGAAGAGGAUGAGGAUGCACACUACCCAGUGGUGGUUAAUGCUAUGACCCUUUUCGAGACCAACAUGGAAAUUGGAGAGUAUUUCACGGUGUUCCCCAACGAAGUCCUAACGGUUUUUGACAGCGCGCUUCGAAGGUCAGCCUUGACAAUUCUGCAGUCCCUUCCUGAGCCUGAGGGGUUUUCUAUGAAGCAGAAUCUUCACGCCAGGAUAUCAGGUUUACCUGUUUGUCCUGAACUGGUAAGGGAACACAUCCCUAAAACCAAGGAUGUGGGACACUUUUUAUCGGUCACUGGGACAGUGAUUCGAACAAGUCUGGUGAAGGUCCUGGAGUACGAGCGUGAUUACAUGUGUAACAAAUGCAAGCAUGUGUUUGUGGUGCAGGCGGACUUCGAGCAGUAUUACACUUUCUGUCGCCCAUCUUCAUGUCCAAGCGCAGAGAGCUGUGAUUCCUCAAAGUUCACUUGUCUCUCAGACCUGUCUUCAUCUCCAGCCAGAUGUCGGGAUUACCAGGAAAUCAAAAUUCAGGAGCAGGUCCAAAGGCUAUCUGUUGGAAGUAUUCCGCGAUCUAUGAAGGUUAUCCUGGAAGAUGACUUGGUAGACAGUUGUAAGUCCGGGGAUGACCUCACUAUCUAUGGGGUGGUAAUGCAACGGUGGAAGCCCUUUCAGCGAGAUGUACGCUGUGAAGUGGAGAUUGUCUUGAAAUCCAACUAUGUCCAAGUGAAUAACGAGCAGUCCUCAGGGAUGGUCAUGGAUGAGGAAGUCCGAAAAGAAUUUGAAGACUUUUGGGAACACUAUAAGAGUGAUCCCUUUGCAGGGAGGAAUGAAAUACUGGCCAGCUUGUGUCCUCAAGUGUUUGGGAUGUAUCUAGUCAAGCUCGCUGUGGCCAUGGUGCUGGCUGGUGGAAUUCAAAGAACUGAUGCUACAGGAACAAGGGUCAGAGGUGAAUCUCAUCUUUUAUUGGUUGGGGAUCCUGGCACAGGUAAAUCACAAUUCCUCAAAUAUGCAGCAAAGAUUACACCAAGGUCCGUACUGACCACAGGAAUUGGAUCUACUAGUGCAGGUCUGACCGUAACAGCUGUAAAAGACUCGGGAGAAUGGAAUUUGGAGGCUGGGGCCUUGGUGCUUGCAGAUGCUGGCCUUUGCUGUAUUGACGAAUUUAACAGCCUCAAAGAGCAUGACAGAACCAGUAUCCAUGAAGCAAUGGAGCAACAAACCAUAAGUGUCGCUAAGGCUGGCCUCGUUUGUAAGCUGAACACAAGGACCACCAUCCUGGCAGCAACUAACCCCAAAGGCCAGUACGACCCCCAGGAGUCCGUGUCUGUGAACAUUGCCCUCGGGAGCCCACUCUUAAGUCGAUUUGACCUCAUCCUGGUUUUGCUCGACACUAGGAACGAAGACUGGGAUCGUAUAAUUUCUUCCUUCAUCUUAGAAAAUAAAGGUUAUCCAAGCAAAUCAAAGAAUCUGUGGAGCAUGGAGAAGAUGAAAACAUACUUCUGCCUCAUUAGGAAUCUCCAGCCCACACUGUCUGAUGUGAGCAAUCAAGUACUCCUCCGGUACUAUCAAAUGCAAAGACAGAGUGAUUCCCGCAAUGCAGCCCGGACCACCAUCCGCCUAUUGGAAAGCUUGAUCCGAUUAGCAGAAGCUCAUGCCCGCCUGAUGUUCCGAAAUACUGUGACGUUGGAAGAUGCUAUUACUGUGGUGUCGGUGAUGGAGUCCUCGAUGCAGGGAGGUGCACUGCUAGGAGGUGUGAAUGCUCUUCACACUUCCUUCCCUGAAAACGCACAGGCACAAUACCGGAGGCAGUGUGAGCUGAUUCUGGAAAAGCUGGAACUUCAGAGUCUCUUGAGCGAAGAGCUUAGAAGACUUGAAAGGUUACAGAAUGAGAGUGUGCACCAGAGUCAACCCCAGUCAGCAGAGGUAGAGGCAGAUCCAGGUUCCUCGAGAGAUGACCCAACCGACAAUCCGAGGCUCGGGACUUCAUCACAGCUGGAACAGAGCUGUAGCUGGGACAACUCCUCCCCUGCCGGGGGUCCCACGGGACGUGCUAGUGUCGACUCCUCACCUGGUCUGGGGCUCGAUGGACCGAGAAGUAGUAACCACUCCACCGGGCACAGUGGUGGCGGAGAUGACGGGGGAGAUUGGUUUGACCUCGUGGCGACUCCUGAGAUUGAACCAGAAAGCGGUGCUGUGUCUCCUGAAUUGAAAAUCCCCAACAAUAAAUCUCAGGCCAAGGGGAAACAUGGGCCAGGGCUCAGGAGCAAAUUAUUAAAAACUGGACAUCAUCCAUCAUCGGAAGCCAUGGACACGCCCUUAAGGUCACACAGUGUCGCAAGUGCAAAGGCUACAAAGGCUAAAAAGGCAGCAGUCGUAUCUGAAGGAGGAGGACAGGGUGAUGAACCAGACUCUGGACUGCCUCAGGUUCCCCCUCGACUCCCCAAGCUGCAGAAAGAGGGGUCCCAGAGCUCGCGCAGAAGUACAACCCGGGUGCGACCACUGUCGCCCACAGUCCCUUUUCCCCCGUCCAUCCCUUUGCCGGAACCAGAAAAAACAACAGGAACACCCAAAAGAAAGAGAGAGAAAUCUCCUGCUCAGGUGGGAGAUCGUGAACUCGAAAGUGUUGAGACUCCGCGUACUCCGCUGGUGAAACUGGCCAAAUUCACUUUCAAACGGAAGACAAAACUGAGCCACACCUCUGAAGGCCACAGCCCUGUGCCUCCCAGUUCUACUAAAAUAGCAAUCAACCGUUCUAAAAUUCCCCAGCAAAGAACAAGAAGAGAAGCAGCUGUGCCCGUGGAGGGCCCAGGAAAGUUGACAUCUACCUCAGGAGACAGAUGCUCUGACCAGCUGCAGGGAAAGACAAAGGCGCUCUCAAGGCAGCUACCAGAGAGAAAUCCACCAAGAGAGGAGAGGGAACAGGGGCCUGAAAGAAGGGUUGUUCAGCCCGAAUUGGAGCUUGGGAACCAGGCCGGGCAUUCUCAUCUAGCCUGCGAGAAAGACCGAAAGGAAGGGGCUUCCUGCAGUAAUAAAAGCAGCAAGGUUCAUGCUGGCACAUUAGCCAGACUGGCAAACUUCUCCUUCGCCUCCACACCAGAAUCCAAAUCAGAGUCCCUCCCUCCCGAAAGGAAGGACCGUGGGGAGAGAAGCCAGGGCCCUCCUGCAGCCACAGCUCCAGGGCUGGGCCAGCAAAGGCGCUCUUUCCAGCUGCAGCCGUCCACCCAGAGAGCGAAUGUUUCCACACACUCCCUCUUCGCUCUGUCAGAACUAGAUGAUGAAGCAUUAGAGUUUGACUGGGAUGAAGAGAUGAGAAAAAAGCCGUGAUUAUGAAAAGCGGGUCAGAAUUGUCUUCCCCAACUCAACCGAGUGCCUUCAAAGGACAGUGCAGUGUUUAUAGGUGUACCUACAAUGUGUACUAAGUGCCGUGAAGAAGUCCACCCCCCUUGGGCUUAUAAUUUCAGGUUUAUCUUCAUGAUGUAAAAUGCUAAAUAAUUAAUUUCAGUCAGUGUGAUACCAGCACUUGGAAUGAAUGAAUGAAUUAAUUAAUUAAUUAAUGCUUCAUUUCACAGAAAGAUGACUUGCCAUCCCAGGGCAUUUUUUGAUUUUUCACCUUUUUUGUUGUUUGUUUGUUUGGUUCAUUUUUGUUGUGUUGUUUGGUCUGGGGGUAUUGUUUUUUAUUUUAAUUCAGAAGUUCUUUUCUAAGUUGCCUCUUUGAUUCAUCCAGACCAGUGGCAUGAAGGGAGCACUCAUAACUCUAACAGGGCAGAUGAGUGGUUUCUGUUUUCUGUGUCUGUUUUCCUGUAUAUUUUCUACCCAGUAUGUACUGAAUGUGGUGAAUAUUUAUUAACAUUUGGAAUGACUUGCCAAAAUCAUGUGGUUUUCUUAUACUUCUGUGUUUAUUCCCAUGUAUCAGAUUAAAUGUGGCUGGUGCUUGUCUGUCUUCGAGAAGCAUGUUUUCACUCCAUGGCGUCCUCGAGGCAAGUCACAUAGUAGCUUUCUGAGCACUGACCUGUUGGACUUCCCCUUUUCUCUGGAGCCAGCAGUCCCGGGUUCGAUUCUCCUUUGCUCUCAGGAGCCUACCUUCACUACAACUUCAAUCAUGUGGUUAUAAAAGAGUGAGAAGCAGAAGUCCAGCUGGAAUGGGUCCCAUCCGCACCACCGUUAAUAUGUGAUCCUGCUAGUCUGUCAUUCAUGUCUCUUUAAAACCAAGGAAAUUUGACUUAGGAUAUGGCUCAGAAGUAGAAUGCUUAUCUGGUGUGUAUGAAGCCCCAUAUUAAAUACCCUGCACUACAAAAACUAAAUACAUAAGCAGAAAUAAAAUCAAAUGAAACCAAA